AUGUCUUUAGACGAAAUGAUCAAAGAAGCGCGAUCUCUAGAAUUAUCCGACAAAAACGCAAGCGAGAUAGAACAAUCAGCCAAACACAACAACAGUUACAACACCUAUGCAAUCAGGCAAAAGCGAAAACCAAACCAUCCUCAACAACGACAAUCUACCAACACUUACCGUCAGUCACAACAGAAAACACGAAGCUGCACAAACUGUGGUAAGGAGUAUCCACACCUGAAUGGCCAAUGUCCCGCUGCCGGCAAAACAUGUAAUUUUUGCAAGAAAAAGAAUCACUUUAAGCUUGUUUGUCGUUCAAAACGCAAACAGUCAAAGCCAGUGCAUACAGUAGGUACCGAUACAUGUUCAGACAGCGAAAUUUCGGGCAAUGAAAGAAGCAGUAACGAAUUUGCAUUUGGACUUGCAAUAAAUUCAAACAAGCCAGACAUAUCCUGCAAGCGACCUACAAUCAAAGUAAAAGUCGAAGGUCAUGCCCUAAAAAUGCUCGUAGACACAGGGUCAUCGAUAAAUGUCAUUGAUGAAAAAGCAUACAACGCCAUGAAACCGAAGCCAAAAUUAAACAAAACGGAUACGAAAGUAUAUGCAUAUGGUUCAACUGAAGCUGUCAAAAUUACGGGCCAGUUUCAAGCAAUGAUAGAAACCCAAGACAAGUUUACGACAGCCAUGAUAUACGUAACGAAAGGAAACAGUGGCAAUCUGUUAUCAUACUCUACAUCAGUGUCACUGCAAGCCGUUCCAGAAAUAUAUUCAAUGACAAGCAAAAGUGAAAUAUGCGAAAAAUUCCCGAAGGUAUUCACAGGCAUUGGGAAAUUGAAAGACACACAAAUUGAGUUAUUUGUAGACAAUACAGUUCAACCCGUUGUGCAAACACAUAGAAGAAUACCAUUUCACCUUCGAACACAGGUGGAAAUUGAACUCAAAAGGCUCGAAGACAUGGAUAUAAUCGAAAAGGUAGAUGGACCAACAGAAUGGGUAUCACCGAUUGUCGUAGCACCGAAACUGAAGAGCAAAAACAAUGAAAUACGUAUCUGUGUAGACAUGCGCCUUCCUAACGAAGCGAUUAAAAGGACUCGACACAUUAUACCAACAAUUGACGAUCUAAUCGUGGACUUGAAUGGUUCAAAAAUAUUCUCAAAAUUGGAUUUAAAUCAGGGAUACCAUCAACUUGAAAUCUUAAAGAAAUCACGCAACAUAACCACAUUUACUAUACAUGUUGGUUUAAGACGUUACAAAAGACUAAACUUUGGAUUAACAUGUGCAUCAGAAGUUUUCCAAAAUGCAAUACGGACCUCACUUGAAGGACUUGAAGGUGUACAAAACAUCAUCGAUGACAUAAUCGUGUAUGGCAAUUCGCAGGAGCAACACGACCGUAGACUGGCAGCCGCCCUAGACGUCUACAGGAAAAAGGCCUCACACUGA